UUUGCAGGUAUUUCUCGUGAUCACUGGCAUAAGAGACGUGCCACUGGUGGCAAAAGGAAACCUCUUCGCAAGAAGAGGAAGUUCGAAUUAGGACGUCCUGCUGCAAACACCAAGCUUGGAGCUCAACGCAUCCAUACGGUGCGUACACGUGGUGGAAACAAAAAGUACAGAGCUCUGCGUCUGGACACAGGUAAUUUCUCUUGGGGAUCAGAAUGCACUACGAGGAAGACCCGUAUUAUUGAUGUCGUUUACAAUGCAUCAAACAAUGAAUUAGUGAGAACCAAGACUCUAGUAAAAAAUGCGAUUGUUACCAUCGACGCAACACCUUUCAGACAGUGGUACGAGAGCCACUAUGUUUUACCCCUGGGUCGUAAACGAGGAGCUAAAUUAACCGAAGCCGAAGAAGAAGUUUUAAACAAAAAACGCUCAAAGAAGGUUGAAUCCAAAUACAAAGCGAGACAGCGGUUUGCCAAAGUUGAACCUGCUUUGGAAGAACAAUUUGCCACAGGACGUGUACUUGCCUGCAUAGCAAGUAGACCUGGACAGUGCGGUCGGGCUGAUGGUUACAUACUUGAAGGAAAAGAACUUGAAUUUUACAUGAGGAAAAUUAAGAGCAAGAAAGCAAAAUAGACAUGUAAUUACAAGAAUAAAAGGAUAUCUCCCUUUUUCUUAACA